AUGCCCUCGUCUCUCUUCUCCGUCUGUGGCCCCUGCGGUCUUUUUCUUGACUCCCCGUUCUGUGCUCGCUGGUCGUCGGUACAAACAUCGAUGUUCUCUAAUGACUUCGUUUUAGAACUUCGAUCGUACUUGGCCUCCGUCGAGGUUCCAAAGGCAGGCAUCAAGUUUACGGUGUUUUCCUCUCAACUCUCUCGGAUACAUCCCGACGCACAGAAUAUUCGAGAUUGUGCGUAUCCCGCCAUCAUCAAUCUGUUCUCUGCAGUUUUGCGCAUACGGUUCGUGCUCUCGUUUUCUGCGAUCGCUGACACGAAAAUAGAUGUCUGUGGAGCUAAGCGCUCGCAAUUCAAAGGGCGCUACAUUGAGGGGCUGAAGAGUGCGUUUGCUUUUAAAUUCGUCUUACAAUUGCCCGUCUAG